GCCUAGGAGCUGCGUAGCACUUGACGUAGCAUCAUCUUACUUUGUUUCACACCAUGUCGGGACAGUCGGGGAAAGUGUUAGAAGGACGAGUUCUCAAAAGAGCAAACCCAAAGACAAUACAGGAUAAAUUUCUAGUUGGAUAUCAAGGAUGGUUCACCUGUCCUGGAGAUGGCGAACCCUUGGAUCCCAACCAUCAUGGGUGGCUACACUGGUUUGAUAAGCCGCUCCCAGACGGUGGACGCCCCAAUACAGAUAUAUGGCCAGAUGUAUCUGAAUACUCCCCAUCUGAACUGUACCCUGCCACAGGUCUCAAAAAUGCAGACGGAGAACAAAUGUUUCUAUUUUCUUCGCGCCACUCGAAGACGGUGAGGCGCCAUUUUCACUGGAUGGCGUUGCACGGUGUCGACGGCGCGUUCUUGCAACGAUUUGCAGGCCAGUGCGACAUAGAGGCGGGCACCGCGAUGAGGAAAAUCAGAGACGAAGUGGGUGAUCGUGUUCGAGAGGCUGCUGAAGCAGAGGGGAGGGUAUUUGCCAUCAUGUAUGAUGUUUCGGGUGUUCACCCAGACAAGAUUCAGCGAGUGCUCGAGCAAGAUUGGAUGCAUCUCGUGCGUGAUAAAUGCAUUCUAGACAGCCCCAAUUAUCUUCGCGAGAAAGGCAGCCCGGUCAUCGCUCUGUGGGGUUUUGGAUUCAACGAAAGAAAUCACUCUCCCGAAGUCGUGCGAUCUAUCACUAAUUUCUUUCGUUCCUCUACACCAGGCGGUGCUUAUCUUAUGGCAGGUGUACCUGGACACUGGCGCACAUCGACAUCUGAUAGUGACCCAAACCCCGAGUUCUUGCGAGUCUGGACAGAAGAAUUUGAUGCAUUGAGCCCUUGGACUAUCGGACGUUACGGAAAUGAAGAUGAUGCGGAACGCUGGGGGAAUGAAAAAGUCAAACAGGACUUUGAUUUUUUGAAGAAAAGAGGAGAUGAAGGCAAAAAAAGGGUAGAUUACAUACCUGUGGUACUUCCUGGAGGCAGCGGUUAUAAUCUCUCUGGCGGCCAAUGGGGACUCAACGACAUAAAGCGCAACGGGGGCCGCUUUCUCUGGAAGCAAAUAUAUGCUGCUCGACACGCAGGGGUGCGCAUCAUCUAUGGGGCCAUGUGGGAUGAAUAUGACGAAGGAACAGCAUUCAUGCCCGUUGUCUCUUCUUCAAAGCAACUUCCUGUUCACCCACAGUUUAACUUUCUAGCGCUCGAUGCCGAUGGCUAUUCGCUCCCGUCAGACUGGUAUAUGCGUAUAACUGGUUUUGCCGCUGAAUCAUUGCGCGGUGAUCGUAUGAUACAUGAGACAUUUCCUGUCAAGGAGUUACAGGAUUAUUGGGCAACACGCCCCAGGUAUGAAGAUAAAACAGCUCACGAGGAAGAAGCGGAGCGAUGGAAGGAAGCUCAACGAGCGUAUCAUGAUUGGGCUACAAAGGAAGGAAGUGCAGCAGAUGAACAACCGACGCAAAGUCCUCGAACAAGCAGUACACCCAACGUCAGACUAGUCCCACCUGAAGCCACCAAGCCCACUCUCGGCCAUUCAUCCAGUGUCUCAGCCUCUUUUGUGUCCCCGCCGCCUGUUCCAGCCAGGAGUCCAUCGCUGACCACGAGCUCGCCAUCAGCGGGCAGCCGACCUCCUGCUAUUAACAUGAGUUCUCGCCCUCCACCGGCUCCAAUGUCAGCAAGACCGGUAUAUUCCUCCGAUAAGGUGGAUAUGGACAUGCGUCCCCAUCAGCUCUAUCAGCGACCAGGCUUUUCGCAUUCCAUUGUCAGGCCAUCCUCCCAAAUUUCUUUCCCUCUUCCUCCACCUGCAUCUUCCAAUGUGGCAUAUUUGGCCGAUGAUCUCGCCCGACAGACAUUAUCACACCAUCCGUCAGAAGUUGUCUCAGCACCACAGGAAUCCCAUGCAUCAGGGAUUUCUUCUUCAAUCAUGCAAAUGCCUUCUGUGGAGGCGAGUCUAAGGCGUCCUAGUAUCUCGCCCGCAAUCCCGUCAAUUUCUCCGCGCCCGCCGACUUCACAAGUACCUGUUGCAUCAUGUUCACAAUAUCCUGGUCAACAACAGCUUCACUAUGGUCCGUACAAUCAUCCCGCUGGUAGGCCUUCCGCUAUAGGCGGACCAGGAUACGAUCGACAUGAUGCUAAGACGCAUUCACACAAUUCCUCUUACCCCCGCGUAGAACAAUUCUAUCCGAACACAAUUCCAAAUUCUGGUGUACCUCAAGAACCUUACAUGGCAACGGACAAGCCACCGCAUCCCUACCAAACCUACCCCGCAUCAAAUCCACUUGCCCAAGACUACUUCCAACACCAAGUUCCUCCCGCACAACCUCCUGGUGGUUCGCAUUCUCCUCGACCAUACCCUCCACCUGAAUGGGGAAUCCCGAGCUCGCCUUCGUCCAAAGUGCACCAUAAUAGUCCUCCUACGCACCCGCAGUCUCAGAGCUAUUACGCCCCGAACCAGCCGGCACCGAUGUGGACAGGCAAUGGUGGAGGGGGCAGGUCCAAUCUCGCGGGGCGCGCACUAGACACAGUGGAAGGCAUCGCGGGGAGGGAUGCGAGGAGACACCUGGAGAGUCUUGCGCAGAGCGGGUCGAAGCUGCUGGACAAGUUCAAAUGAUAUUAGCUUCUUAGGAACUCACAGGAACUUUUCACCUCUGUACUAUGAUUACGGAUGUUUCUAGUUGAACCAAAGUUGGACUUUGAUCAUUGAAUGACCAUUGUACUCUUGAGC